GGGGGAGUUGCGAAAAAAGUAUACAGAGCACUAUCUCACAAGUCGAAUGGCACGUUUCUUGGUACUUUUGCAUAACCGUUUAUUUUUCCAAAGAUGUCAACUCAGUCAUCUACCGACAGGAAGGUUGCGAUUAUCACAGGAGCUGCUUCCGGUAUUGGCAAAGCACUCGCGAUCAGAUUGAUAGAUGAAGGCUGGCACGUAGCUUGCUGUGACCUCCAAGUAGAAAAGGGCGAACAAGUAGUCCGCGAUCUAGGACCAAACGCAGCAUUCUUCCAGUGCAACGUAAUAGACUAUGACGACCAGGCAAGAGUAUUCACAGAAGUAUUCAAGAAAUGGGGCCGCCUGGAUGCGCUGCUCGCAAACGCCGGGCAUUCAGAUCGCGGCUCGAUAUACAUUCUCGAUCACCGAGGGAGUUCAGAGAUACCGCCCAAGCCUCCUCUGAUAUCAACUGAUGUGUGCUAUAAGAGCUUCCUUUAUGGUGUACAGCUGGCUAUUCAUUUUAUGAGGAAGAACAGAACUCCCGGAGGUAGGAUUGUUGCUACCUCGACGAUUGCUUCUGUCCAUCCUCAUCAAACGUUCCCAGAAUAUUGCGGUGCCAAAGCAGCUAUCAACCAGUUCGUGCGGACAGCAGCACCAGUGCUCAAACUUAAAGACAAUAUAUCCCUAAACGCCAUUCUCCCCGGAAUAGUCAUCACUGGUGCUGUACCACAAGCAUCCAUCGAUGCAACUGAUCCUGCACAUAUCACUCCUGUGGAAACUGUAGUCAAUGCCUACAAGAUAUGCCUUGAUCGCGAAAACUUAAACGGCCAAUUGAUAGAGUGUUCCACCGACAAGCACUUCUUCUUGCCGCUGCCUGAAAUGGCGAAUGGUGAUGCGACGAAGCGAGCCUGUACUGUUUGGGAACCGCUGUUCGAGGCCAAGCAUCACGAGCGAUCUGGGCUAGACGGAGCAAUACAAUAA